GGUGGGGUCACGCUGUCUGCAGGUCUGCGGGAGUGCGCACAGCACCCCCGCACUUACUUCCCAAACAAUGACCACUGCAGUGUGAUCACAAUCAACAAGUGCGGGAUGAAUUCAUAUCCCAGAUGCACUGCAGUGAUGAAGCUCUUAAUUGUUAUUAUAAGCGAUGGUUUUCCAUUAGAAAGACGAACAAAGCGCGCUAAUUAUGUUUGCGUUGCCGGGCAACUCCGGCGGCUUCCCCCCUUCACUAUAUAACAGGCGAUGGGUUUGUUUUGUCUGCAUUCGUCUGGAGGAGAGACGUCCAAAGCUGCUCCACAUCAUAGAAACAUGACAGCUCUCCGAUAAGUUUUUGACCCGUAUUAGAAUCAUGCUCAAGGCUCAGGGGAAAUCCGAUGGCCGAACAGGCACCAAGAUCCUCCUGGAGGCGAUGUCCAAAGAUAAAGUCCACCUGGCCAGGUUCGUUCUGGACGCGCUGGAUGGAGAGAUAUUGGACUCAAAAACAGAGGGCGCACAGACCCCCCUCAUCUCUUCUAUCCUGCUGCCCGACAGUCAGACUCGGUGUAAGUUUGUAGAGCUUCUGCUGCAGAGAGGAGCCAAUGUCAACUGUCAGGACGACAACGGCCGCACCGCGCUCAGUUACGCAUGUGAGAAAGGCUACCUGGAUGCUGUGAAGAUCCUGGUCAGAAACAACGCAGACCCGGAGAUCGUGGACGCAUGGGGGAACACUGCGCUGAUGUACGCCGCAGUAGCAGGACACUCGCCUGUAGUUGAGUUUUUGGUGAGGGCGUUCAAGAGGCUGGGUCUUCAGAUAGACAGGCAGAAUAAAGUUGGGAACUCUGCGGUUGAGGUGGCAAAGUUUCUCGGCCACACAGAGUGCAUCGUUGCGCUCACUAACAACUCCAGGAAGUGCCGGGAGGCUGAGGGAAAUGUGCAGCCGCGACUUAGUUUGGGAGGAGGGGAUGUAAAGGACCAACUUGAGUGGAAAGUUGGACAUUUAGGGACCAAACUUGAGGUCCUGCAAACGUGUGGCCAAGCAGAUUGCCAGUUGGUCCAAAAUAGCAGUCGACAACCGAGGACUCGGAUGAAGCCGAGUCGGCUGCCAUCGAUGGGCUCCAUAGAGGAGUUUGACAGAGAGAAUGACGGCUCUACCCCGCCUCCACAGGAGCUGGUCUUCUCCGGAGUCCUAACCCCCAACCCUCCUCCGCGGAUCUCCGACCAUUCUCCCAACUCUAAGCACCCUAAAACCGGGGAAAGGCUGACAGCCUCUGAUGAUCACCUCCCCCCUCUCAUACAAAGGUAUGAGAUUCAAAAAUCUUUAUUUUUCUCCCCCCGGCCCAAAAGAAACCCCCCCAUGACCUCUGCCCUGGGGAUCUUACUGACUCCCAUUCUGGCCAACAAAUGUGACAAUGAACGAGGGACGGAAAAAACAAAAAUGUCAGACUUCGGUACGCGCAGAUUCCACGACAGCUAUUAUCAGAAAAGAUGUAGUCUGCCAACCAGCAUCCUCAUCCCCACACCUCCGGAACGCACUCUGGUGCCUUUGCGUAAAUCCAGAACAGUGAGGAGGCGCGAAGCCUCUCCGUGCAAAGCUGAACCUCUUCAGUUUACCACACCAGCUGUCGCUACUUCAACCAAGACUUUCUCGGCGUUGAGCAACAAACUCCUGCGCCGAUUUACCUCCCCGGAGUUUAGAAAGGACGUGAAAGAGUUAGAGGAGGAUCCGGUGUUGACUUCGGGGCGGAUGCCGCGAUCAGAAACUUUUCCUCAGUGCAUAAAACAUCCCCAGGUGGGCAGUAAGCCCAGCAUCGACAGCAUCAGCUCCGUCAAGUGCGAGUUUGACUUUCAUUUCAGAACGCCAAACUCUUAGAAUCCAUAGUGCGCCGUGCGUAAAAGGUGUUUGUACUUAUCCGCUAGUGCCAAGACUAUCACGUUACUUUUAGAUCUAGUUAUAUCGGAGAUCAUCUUACUGCUACGUUCCUAAAUUCAGCUCCAAAAUAUAUUGUGAUCCUCGCUGACCCUCCCUCAAAACUUAAACGCAUUCCCUCCAGGUGAUUAGCGUGUCCAACAGCGUCGAUGUCUUAUAUUCUACAGUACAUCCGACCUGCAAAAGUUUCUGCCAUUUUAUAUCCGGACCUUACCAAAGGAAAGAGACAGUAAAGACGAACCUGAAAGCUUUUAACUACGAAUGAACAGCGAGGAAAUCAUCCAGCAGUUCAAAGCGCUGUGCGUAAAAUCCGUGCGUAAAAGCCAGCACCUGCCAGUUGGAUACUGCAGCUACAGAGUGAAACGCAAUGCCUAACUUCUAGUUUGAGUGUGUGUGCGCUUUUCUCCGGUGUUCAGCAGCAUUUGCCACUCCUUUUGGAGCGGGUGGGGGUUGCAUGGAAGGUGGAGAGGUGAUGUGCAAUAAAUUAUGAACCAUUUAAUACUCAGCAUGUUGUGUCUUUUGUGUGUG